AUGUAAACAUGACGUGUUCAUCGAGAGCAUCGAGAUAUAUUAAUUGAAUGGUCUUUAAAGAAGACGAAGACGACGACACAAAACCUUGCGUAUGCAUCCAUGGCGUCGAUGCCGAGCAAACUAAUUGUUCUCCUAGUCUGCUAUGUCUUUCUUCUCGGCUAUGCGUCAUCGUCUUCAUCAUCAUCUGAUAUAUCUCUUCCAUCUUCGUCUCCGAAGGUCUCCUUGGCCCUGUACUAUGAGUCUCUCUGUCCGUAUUGCUCCGCCUUCAUAGUGAACCACCUCCCGAAGCUAUUCGAAGACGAUCUCAUAUCAAUCGUCGAUCUCCAUCUCUCUCCGUGGGGUAAUACCAAGCUCCUCCCCGAUAACGUCACUGCUGUUUGCCAGCACGGGAAAUAUGAAUGCUUCUUGGAUACAGUAGAAGCUUGUGCGAUUGAUGCUUGGCCUAAAUUGAGUGAUCAUUUCCCGUUCAUCUACUGUAUCGAGAAGUUGGUGACUGAACACAAGUAUGACAAGUGGGAGACGUGUUAUGAGAAGCUCAAUCUCAACUCUAAGCCUGUUGCCGAUUGUCUCAGCAGUGGACACGGAAACAAGCUUGCGUUGCACUAUGCCGCCGAAACAAAGGCACUUCAGCCUCCUCAUGAAUACGUACCCUGGGUAGUCGUGAAUGGUCGGCCUCUCUAUGAGGACUAUGAAAACUUCAUAAGCUACAUCUGCGAGGCGUACAAAGCUAAUAAAGUGCCUGGCGCAUGCGCCAAAUAUUCAUCCGGCAGCUUCAUUCGCAGUUUCAACAUGAAACGCUUCCCUCUGGUUUGCCGGAAAGGAGUUCUUAAGAUGUCGGAUGUGUUGGAACGUAUCAAAACCUCUUUAUCCUCAUACAUCAACAUUGCAGGCCUGCUAUAAACCCUUCCUGUUUCUUUUUACCUAUGUGACAAGACAACACACCCUAAAAAAGCUAUCUAGAUCCUGGGAUUUGAUGAAUAUAUAUGUUUCAGAAUGUGUGUUUGUUCACUACCUUUGAAGAAUCUCAUUAGUAUGUAUCAGAAUGUAAUGUAUGUGUGUUUGUUCACAGCCUUUGAAGAAUCGCAUUAUUAGUUUUAUAUG